GAUCUUACUGGGAUGAACGAGAUUCCAGACCUGGACUACGUCUUGAAGCAGGAUCCGAAGGAAUGCGCGCGCAUGGUGGUCUGCGAACUGGCGACCAAGUCCCGAGGCAAACUUCUGGAAGACGAGCGCGCCAUUCUGGACUUCCUGAGUGUGGCAGCCGGCGACGCCAGGGCUGGUCAUGAUGCCGGCGGCCGGGCGGCGUUCCAGCAAGCGGCGGCGCUGGGGCGACGUUGGAGGGACAGCUGGCGCUGCGCGGACGAAUACAGCAAGUGCCCCUACACGGCGUGGCAGGUGCUCAAACUACUCCGCACUUCCUGAGACCGGCCCGGUCGCCGGUCGGCCGCCGCCGCUGGCGCCUUCGCCGCGCAACGCCGCCCUACGCCGCCUUCGCUGUCGUCGCCGCCGCCGCCACCACCACCACCGAUUCCGCGCCUCCCCAGCUCCUUCCGCCUGCCAGUCGUCGAGCUGGCCUCCGUACGUUGACGCGUGCUUUCCCAUGACAGUGCUUCGCUUGGAGAGCAGAGAUGGAACUACUUUUCCUGUCUGGUGACGCCGGCGCGGGACUGGUGCAUGUGACUAGGUGUACCUGGGCAAUAACCUUCGUGCUUGGGUUGUUGACUAGCCCACAAAGGAGAACAUUUGAGCGAUCUGCAUUAUCUGCAAAUUUUGGAAGGUCGAGAUGAGCAAAAGGGGACGUCUGGAGUCCACACUCUUAUGAAUGCGAUCUGAUCAAGAUG